AUGUGGAUGCCCCGGCGCCCCGACUGUCUGCGCAGAGUUGCGUUGCGGGCGGCAUGGCGACUAGCCCUGCUUGUGGCGGGCAAGCUAAACGGGUACGGCUGGACUCGCCCGACGCGGCCAAAAAAGCCCAUGGUCCAGAGACUCUCCAAGGAGUGCGAGUCUGUGAGAGAAGGAGGCCACAGGCUGCGGCUUGGGACGUCUGGGCCAUCCCACGCAGACAGGCCCUGUCCGCCCUGGGCCAAGACCGCCGGCAAUGGACUAGGGGGGGUGGCCAGAGUUUUUUCUCGGGGGUGA